CCGCGAGGACAUUGCAGUCCAAAGAGCAGUAAUCGGUAGGCAUAGUCGUGUCGGGACACUCGUGUCUGUGUGUAGUGCUAUCGUGCAGUGCCAGUGCUCGGGGAUGCGCCGGCGCAGGCCGCCAUGCUGGCCCUCCGCCACGCCAAGUACCUGGGGUCCUUCCCGGCGGGCGGCGGCGAACGCGAGGCGCGCGGCGACACCGUCUCGCGGCGUCUGCACCACAUGAAGGAGAGCGCGCACGCGGUGCCAGUGCUGGUGGUGGUCGCGCUCACAGGGGUCAAGGUAUGCGACCCCGACGACCAGAGCGUGCGCAUGUCGCACGCGUUGCGGCGCAUCUCGUACGCGACGUGUGAGGCGGCGCGCGCGCUGUUCGCGUUCGUGGCGCGCGAGCCGCGCUGCGAGCCCGCGCCGCAGCUCUGCUACUGCCACGCCUUCGAGACUGACACGCCCGCUCAGGCAGAGGAGCUGAACGCGCUGGUGGGCGAUGCGUUCCGGAUGGCGUUCGCGUCGCAGCUGCAACCGUCCGCUCCGCUCUGGAGCAAAGAGCUAAGCGGCGGCGCAUGCACGCGCGCGCCCGACUCUCUGCCGGGCUUGACGCAUCACUACCCUCACUGCAUCGACAGGUCCCCAACACAAUGCGAUAUAAUGGGCGGGUCGAAGCUGGACGCGUGCGAAGCGAGCGAGCCAAGCGAGGCCAGCGAGGCCAGUCCCAGUUCGUCCGAGGACUGGAAUUCGCCCACCGAGCUGAGCUGCUACCGGCGUCUGGGCGAGCGUCUGGAGCGGUUGGAGCGCCCGCCGCUCAUGAAGCGCCUGGCGCUGGGGCUGAGCGGCGCGCUGCUGCAGCCCUCGGACGACGACGCCACGCCCCUCGUCACCGACACCCCCACCACUCCCACGAACGCGCCGCUGUGCCUGAACGGCGGCUACAUCAACGAGGCGUCCGAGGCGGAGGCGCGCACGCGCGAGAGCAACCGCGCGCGCCUCGACACGCUGCCCGCAGACCUCGACAAGGAGUUCAGGAAGUGCAACAAUAUUAGCAAUGGGCCGAGCACGGGCAGCGGCGCGACGUCGUCGUCGUCAGGCGAGUCGUCGUGCGGCGCGUCGCGUAACUCGGGCAACAACAACCGGCCGCUGGAGCCCGAGCUCAGGCACGCGCCCUGGUUCCAGCAAGGGAUACCUAGAGAGAUAGCGCUGGAGGUGUUGGGUGCGCAGGCGCCGGGCGCGUUCCUGGUGCGCGGCAGCACCACGCAGCUGGGUUGCCUGGCGCUGUCGCUGCGCGUGCCGCGGGACUUCGCGCCCAGCGGCAUCGCGCACUACCUCAUCCUGCGCACGCCCAAGGGGUACAAGAUCAAGGGCUUCACCAAGGAGUUCAGCUCGCUGUCGGCGCUAGUGACGCAUCACAGCGUAAUGCCCGAGCUGCUGCCCGUGCCGCUGCGCCUGCCGCGCGCGCCCAUCCGCGCCCGCAGCGAGCUGGAGCCACUGGAGCGCCUGGCGCCGCACCCGCCGCACGCACCGCACGCGACGCCGCCGCACCCGCCGCCGCCGCACAACGGCUACCGCCCGCAACUGGACGUUUAGUACAUUGACUCUGUUGUUGACUCGAGUUGACUUUUAUACAAUGACAAGUUAGCCUUGACUGUGAUCUCACCUAAGUGUGAUGUGAUGUGAAGUGACGAUGCAGUCUACCAUCGAAGCGGGGUUACUUGGUACUUGAAAGAGGUGCACGUUUAUUCUACACGUACUUACCUCUAAAGUUAUCUACGCGGCAUCGUACCGGAACGCAUAAGAACUUGGUACUUAAUACGUUUUGCAGGUAGGGUGUUAAUUUGUAUAAGGGCAGACCAAGACUCUAAGACUCUACACUAAAGGUAUUGUUACACAUGCUCUAAAACAGCAUGUUAAAAACUUGCUCCAUACGAGCAUGCUUAUCAUCAGUAUACAUUUGCUAGCAAUAAGCAUGCUAUUUUUAAGUAAGUAUGCUCCUGAAUAAGUAUGCUCAAAGCAAACAUUCCAAUUACACAUGCUAAUUUAUUUGUAUUUAUCGCUCUCUGUCUAUAGUAUCGUGUUAAACAGGGAGAGAUGAAGGUGAAAAGAAUACAGAAUAGCAAUGUUGAACGACUAGCAUACUCAAUAAGCAAACCUGUUCGGACGCGUUAAAAGCAUGGCCCUUCCACCCGCGCAGCAAGUAGCAUGCUCAUAAAUCGCACGACUGUUGAUUCUUGAGCAAGCUCGAAAUAAGCAUGCUCAUUUUUAGCAAUGUUGCGAUACAUAUGCUAAUUAGUAGCAACUGCUCAAUAGUAGCAUGCUUUCGUGAUUGAAAUGAGCAUGUGUAACAGUAGCUUAAGUCUUGAGGUCGUUUUAAUACUCACGCACGUGUUUAAAAUAAAAUAUGGAAGUCAAAUAGAAUUAAAUUGAAAAACGAAUAAACAAUGUAUUCUAAAGUGCAUUCUGACAACGCACGUCACUAAUAAUUACUUUUAUUAAGUUGAUUCCGAUAAAUUAAGUUAUAAAUUGAAAACUGCUUUGUUAGUUCAUUUGAUGUACCUACGUUAUACAUUGUAGCAUUGCUCCAAAAAAUAUAUUUUAUAGCUUAAUUUCGAUAGUUAAGCAUUUAAUCAGAAGUAAUGCGACGCUUUAAUUUUGAUUUGCUAACUGCAAUAAAUCAUAGGUAUUGAUUAUUUAGCUGAUGUCACAUGAUUCUAUCAAAAAAAAACUACCAUAUCAGUAGUAGGUACCUAUUGUUUAACUGAAUAUCAUUCGCAAUUAGAUUUUUUGUCAAUUUGCGUUUAGUAAGAGACCGCGAGACUCAUGAAUAUCUUGGAGUUAUCAGUUCAUUAUCACUUAAUAAGUAAAUUAUACAGAGAUCAAACUUUAUGACAAACUAAAAAUUUUACUGAAUUGAUAAAUUUUGUUAGAAAGAAACAAUCGAAACGUAAGUUACGUUAAGGGAAGACGCAACUGGUGUUUGCAAUACUUUGUUAGUGAUAAAAUGGACAUUAAUAGGAUAUUGUAUAGAGUUAUUGUAAUUGCGAUGACUAUAAUUAUUGUUGCUUAUAAUUUUAAUUAAUCAUGUAACAUAAACAUGUUAGCGUCAUCUGGGCGAGAUUUUUACAGACUUUAGUUGUUCAAGUCUAAAAAUAUAUAGGUACCCACACUUAGGCGCAUUGUAUGGUUAAUGUCGACAAAUUAAGGUCUAUACAGAACAAGUCUAGAGAUCUAAAUGUUGACGGAUUCGGAAAAAGAGAUAAUUUCUUCAUUAUAAUUUGCUCGUAACUUACAAUCUCUAGUCUCUUAAAAUAUCGCCCAGCACAGCUAUUGCAAAAAAAUAUUAUAAUUAUCUAGAUGUAGGUAUAUUAAAAAAAUGAAUAUCAUUCGAGAGUAUAUCGGAAACUAAAAAGUGAAUAGUCGUUGCGAAGUCACUAAAUUAUUGUACGUUGUCUAUAUCUGAAUAGUUAAUGUUUGCUAAGAUAGUUUUUAUAAUAAACUAAUGUGAUAAAUAUUUUACCUAGGACGUGUAAAAAUAUUGUAAAUUAAAUAAAUGUGUAUAUGGUAUGGAUUUGUAAUUAUAGCGAUUUUUGUGUCAUAAAGCCUCUACAUACUUUGACAAUUUGCAUGCCAACUUUCGUACCGACUUGUCUUCUCAAACAAUUUAAUUAUGUAACAAGAAAAAUAUACACCGCAUUCACUUAGUGUUCAUUUACACCGACGACUGCAGUCGACUGCAGUCGGCGAUGUCUUGGCAGCAGGCGACGGCUACGCCGACUGCAGUCAGCGACGUCUUGGCGGCAGCCAACUAGAGUCGACUUCAGUCGGCGACGCCGUCGCCUGCCGCCGAGACGUUGCCGACUGCAGUCGACUGCAGUCGAGUGCGGACGUUGGUAGAUUUAAAGUUAUACUGAUUUGCCUUCAUUGUUCUUUUGAAAUGACGCGCGUUCUUUUGUAGGAAUUGUUAUACAAUUGAAUAACCAUUCCUGAUUUGAAUCAGUAAUAACAUUAUUACUUAAUUCAGAUUAUCACUACUCAAAUAAAAAAAAAACAAAACCAAGUCUCGCUUUCAAAGUAGCUAAAUGACAUUAUCGAACAUGCUUCGAACACAAGUCGGUAUAUGAGUUGGACUGAAAGUCGUCAUAGUGUGUAUGUGUUUAUAAAUUAUAGCUGAAAGUAGAAGGAAUUGCGUAAGAGUUGAGUGUUUCGUGCAUUUGUUAAUGACUUUAUUUUAGAUAUUUCUAGUCGUAAUAAAACUUUUUGUACUCAUACUUUUCGAUUGAAAAUCAACAUUUUUCGAAAACCAUGUAAUUCACUCUUAUAUUAAAGUAUUAUCAACCAUGUAAAUUAGGUGCAUUCAAAGUCAGUCAUAGUUAAUUUUAAUAUACAUAACACUAUUAUGAUUUUAAAUUCGGAAAUCCCAGAGCAGGGCGUGUCUAAUUUGUGACGUCAAAAAGUCUAUGAUAAGGAUUGUGGUGAGUCUUAUGAUUCUUUUUUCUUAUUUUUGAUAAAAUAAAAUAAUUGUUAUAAUGGUUAACUUCUUUUAGACAAUUUUGACACUACAGAUACUUACUACAUUACGUUGUCAUAAAAAUAAAAUAAGUUUUUAAAUCCUUAUAAAUAUUUGCAAUUGUUAAACAAAAUAAAGCAUGAAAUUUUGUUAUGUAACGACCAUUUAUGUGAUGUAUGGUGCAUUUAUCAAAGGUAUUAAGUGUAACAAAUACUUAGUAGUAAUAUGUAUGUAGAUACAAGUAUGUACUUGGAUGUCGUGAAAAUCAAAAUUAUAAUAUUGUUUAAAAUGAAGUUAUUGGCAACUGGGAAAAGGUUUCGCGGGUUACCAAAAAUAAAUAAAAUAUAAAAUGCAGGUAAACAAAUUACGCACUGGCUGUCUGUAUCACUGUAGCAAGCACACACGGUCAAGAAUUCAGCGCGCUAUAGGGCGUAUAUCCCUAAGGCCUAGUUCGGACUACUUUAGUAUUUUAGUCGAGUACGACCGAUUAUUGGAUUUACCACCCAAAAAAUGUUCGUAUUAGACUAAAAUACUAAAGUAGUCUGAACUAGGCUUUAGGGAUGUGGGCAGUGAGAAAAAUAUUUAAACCAUACCCUACUUAGAACCAUAUUUCGAUUGUUUUGACUGUUAUGUACUUAAUUAGGUACCUACUGAUCAAUCAAAAUUUACUAAAUGUUAACCGAACUGUAACUACUGCGAUGUAGUUCUGCAGUCUCAAAAUAUCGUAAUUUUGUAUUAAAAUAUCAAGCAAGCUUAUCAAAUAUCCAAUGUUCGAUAUAAUAGGUACUUGAUUUAGUUACUGAUCCUGGUGCUGAUGCAAGGAAAUGGCAGCAGAUUAUUUUGACUGACAAUUAGUUAUUAUAUUUUAUGUAUGCUUAAUAUAAUUUUAUUAUAUAAAAUAGAAAUUACAUAUUUUAUAUAAUAAAAUUACAUUUUAUGUUCGAACGCCGAAUGCAUUUAAAAUUCCGGCAUUGGUAACCCGCGCUCAUCUUAUAUAGAAAAUUGUGGAAGCCUUUUAGCUCGUAUCAAAUUAGGCUUCGCGACAAUCAUAGAUUGACUUACAAUAAUAAACUAGAUAGUUGAGAAGAUGUAAUCAUGAGUUUCAGCUACAAAUUGCAGAGCUUAACAUUGGAAGCAUUUUAUAAUUUAGGUACCUAGUUGCUAGGUGUCUUGCUUGCUAGGGUGUCUCAUAGCAUCAUAAUUGGAAGUGGAAACGCGAAGAAGGGUGAAUGUUAACCUUUUUUACUGGGUUCGUAAAAAAAUCUCUCGAAAACUUGUAUUUCUAAUUAUUUUACAUCACAAUUAGGAACUUAACUGAGACUCUUGGAUCGGUCACCAUAAUAUUCCAAUCGAAAUAAUGUAUUGAAUUUUUUAUUUUUUCUCAUUUCUCUACCAAUCUAACCAAUGGAUGUGUCUGACAUUGAUACUGUUGAUAUUCCCAGCAUCGUAUCUUGUAACUGUAUCAGUUACUUAUACAUAAUUAUAUACAUAAAGGUAUUAUUGUGUGUCAAUCUAUCGCACGGUGAACGUAAACACUGCCUUACUUAGUACGAAAUACGUGUUUUAUAUAUAAUAUGACGUUGCAUUAUCACUAGAUUAUACUAGCCUGUUGUUGUUUGUAUCUAAUACUUAAUUAUUCAGGCUUUUAUAUAAUAUAUACCUACCCACUUCUGCAGACAAAAUAUAUGUUACAUUUUGGAGAACGCAAUAUAUAAAUGCUUGUACAUGUUAUAACUGUCGUCUAAGAUUUUUUUUUGUAAUAACUAUUAAGCACUGAUCCGAAAUGACUAUGAGACUGGGGUGCGAUUCUACUAUUUUACAUUCGUCGAUGAACUUUUCGCCUAAUCGAGUCGCCAUGGAAACGAACGAUGCCACAGCGCUGUAACUUUAUAGAAUGCAGGGGCUGUACCUAUUCGACUAAGUGCUUUUGACGGAUACACUUUUGUCGUUUUCACAUAGCUCAAAGUAUCUAUGUUUACCUACCAUACCUAACAUAAAUACUUAGUAAGUAUUACGGUAGCAGGGAAGAAGAUGGCAGAGAUGACAAAAUGCCACGCUUCGUAAGCUCAUCGAACAUUAAAAAAACACAUUAAAAUGUGACCAUUUUCUGGGCCCCUUCCAAUAAAAGUCCACGGGUCAUUAUGUAGUUACGCUACAAGGUAAGUAAUUAUGAAGUUUGGAUCAAUAUGACAUUGGGAGGUUACAACGGUUUUUAGUUGUCCACAUAUAAGACGUAAGUACCUAAUUGUUUUUAUACACUUUGGGUAAUAUUUUGAGAUAUCAUUUCCUCAGACGCGUAGAUAUAUUUGGAACAAUCCCUCGGAUUUUUUUACGAUCCAAACUUUAUAGUUGCAUCUCGUACUUACGAGUACAAUACCUGUGGUAGGAGUCUGAGCUGAAAAACUAUCAGCUUUAGGUCGGCUCCCGCUCUAUAGAUAUUUAAGUGGAAGUAACAUUAUUGUAUUCUCUCCACUCCAAUUUCAAUGUCAUAGACGAUCAGGGGCCUAAAGUAGCUUCAAUCCAAUUGCCGUCUGAAUCGAAUACCUAGGUGUCAACCUAUGAAUAAUGCAAGAUCAUCAACCUAUGAAAAAUUCAACAUUGUCUCAUAUAUUUGGGAAGAUCCAAACUUUAUUUGUACCUACGUAAUCAAAAACUCAUCUGUAUACAAAUCCCAUUAAUUUAUUCAUUAAUAAAUUAAAACAAUGAUUACAAAAA